AUAUGGCAGCCCCCAUGGAUCAUGUUCGCUUUUAGUUUUAUCCGAUCUGAGCAGUAAAUUAAUGCAUGGAAAAAAUGCAUCAGAUUAAGAGUAAACUUAUGAGAGAAUUCUUCACCUGUGUGUCAUGUGGCAUGAAGUUUCCCAGGGCCUGCUUAGUACAGACACAGAAAAGAGGCUACUCACAAUUACCUAAGUCAUCCAGAAAAACAGAGAUUAGGAAAAAACUCCAUGCCUUAGAUAACUUGCCUAAAGCUGAGAGGGUGUAUGUGUGGGGAUGUGCAUCGACAGGGGCUCUGGGCAUCAGCUCAUACAUUAGGAAUAAGGAAAAGAAACAGAAAUUUCUGGCACAGAUGAGUAGACCGGCAAGACUGCGAUUUCUACUGGAGAACAAUCUAAUGGCCAGAUCUCUGGAUUGUGGGUAUGGUUUUACAGCCUUAAUUCUACAAGGAACUGAUGGGAGGAGAAAACUGUAUGGUUGUGGAAUCAACACUGACUCUCAGCUUGGAUUCCACAAAAGCACUGCCAAAACAGAUACAGUGCUGGAUUACAUAAUAGAACCUGUGCUGAUUCCUCUACCCUUGGAGUGCCCCGAAUCUACUGAGGUGAUAGAUGUCUCUUGUGGGCGUGCCCACACUUUAGUCCUCACAGACAAGGAAGGGGUUUACAGUUUGGGACACAAUGCUUAUGGACAGUGUGGCCGGAAAAUAAUAGAAGGAGAAAUAUACAAGGGAAGCCAGGUGAUAAAUAAGGUGUCUGACUUACCUAGUGACAUAAUUAAGGUUGUCUGUGGACAAGAUCACUCUUUUUUCUUGACCAGCAGUGGACAGGUGUACAGCUGUGGUCUGGGAGCUGAUGGUCAAACAGGUUUAGAACAUUACCACUGUGAAUGGAGACCAUCUUUGGUUGGUGGAGACAUAGAUGGAGAGAAGAUAGUACAGUUGUCUAGUAAGGCGGACUGUGUGCUGGCGGUGUCUGAACGAGGCGAUCUGUUUGGGUGGGGGAACUCGGAGUACGGACAGUUGUCAAUGAUUACCGAGGAGACACAGGUGUCUGUGCCCAGACAUAUCCCCCUCCACCAUUCUGUCACCAAGGCAGCAGCAGCGGGGUCAAAGUGUGCCGUGUUAACAGAUAAGAAUGAAGUACUUGUAUGGGGUUUUGGAUCAUUAGGACUGGGACCUAAUGUCCAGUCAGCCAGCACUCCUCAGACCAUACCCCCCACAUUGUUUGGUCAGAAUGAAUUAGCACCUGACAAACUUGUCAGUGACAUUGCUUGUGGCAUCAACCACUUUGCAGCCAGAACAAAUGAUUUUGAAAUGUUUGUAUGGGGGAAGAAUCAAAAAGGCUGCUUGGGGAUUUAUAUCGCUGAGAGAAUGGACCAGACGUACCCAUUCAGGGUGUCUGUUCCAGCUGAGGUCCUGCGAGUAUUUUGUGGGGUGGAUCACACGGUGGUGAUGUGCAGAUCAUUUUCUUGAUGAAGAGUACUGAAGUAACCACAUGUUAUUGAUUGUUGACUUUUUAUUUUGCAUGUUUUUACCUGGCAUCCUAAAUGAAGAGUAUAAACUUUGCUUUGACAUUUUUUUGAUUUCAAAACAACAAUGUUAACAUUAACUUUGGUAGCAAAUUGGUGAGGGUUUCCCAGUUACUUCACUUCAAUUAAAAAGAAAUGCCAAGUGUGA